AGGUGCUCUCCGCGAUUAAACGAUAACUUCGCCGCCAACUUGCGCUCGAUAACGAAUCCGGACUAUAGGUUACUCUUACCGUAUUCACUCCUCCCCCCUCCCCCUUUUCAACCAACAGCACCAAGAAAAGGAGCAUUUGCAAUGUCCGGCGAAAUGAACACCAUGACAAUGACGAUGCCAGCGGUGCAGCAGCGGCCUGUGGAGAUCACUGUUCGCUGCUUUGCGGCCACCCCAGCCAACAUCGCCAUGCUGCGCAAGUGGAAGGCAACGACGACCGCCACCACGACCAGCAAUGGUGCGACGGCAACAAUGGCAGAGGCCAUUCUCCACUCCGGCAUGAAGGCGAUUGAGCUGACGGCGCGGCUGUCUACCACGGUGAGGCACAUCCGUAUGGAGCUUGAGCACCGCGAGUGCACCGCUACCGCCACCAACGACGUGCGUCUGAACUUGUUUGCCGUGUCUCGCGGUUGUGGUUGUGGUGGUGGUGGCGGCGUGGCGGCGAGCGACGCCGCUGCCGACCCACUCAUCUCGCUUGUCGACGAGUUGACGGUGGAGGAGAUGAUGACCUGCCCGCAGAUCGCCAUUCAGCACGGCUGCGUGCCAGGAGAGGUGCGUGUGGGUAAGACAGCCGACGAAGACAGCGACUCGACCCCUUCCUCCACAUUGGUUCUCCUUUACGCCCGCGACACCGCUCUGGGCUGCAGUGACUGCUGUUUGUGUGCCUGCCUUACCGCUGUGUGCGCCACUGUGUUGUGCUGCUGCUGCUGCAACUGA